UCGCCAUAGAACCAUCCCGUGCCUGAAUUCUUGAUUUUCUGUUUCGCCAACAGCCAAACCGUUUCAUUUCUUCUGCCUUCAAGAGAGUUUGUUUUUAUUCGGGUCGUGUAUUUGAGCUAUGGACGCCGGAGGAAAGACAAAGAAGGGAGCCGGAGGGAGGAAAGGUGGAGGUCCCAAGAGCAAGCCAGUUUCUCGGUCGGUGAAGGCCGGUCUUCAGUUUCCGGUUGGAAGAAUUGGUCGUUACUUGAAGAAGGGGAGGUACUCUCAGCGUGUCGGUUCCGGAGCUCCGGUGUACUUGGCUGCAGUCCUCGAGUACUUAGCUGCUGAAGUGUUGGAGCUGGCUGGAAAUGCUGCCCGUGACAACAAGAAGAAUAGAAUUAUCCCAAGGCAUCUAUUACUGGCUGUGAGGAAUGAUGAGGAGCUUGGGAAGCUUCUUUCUGGAGUCACCAUUGCUCAUGGAGGUGUCCUUCCCAACAUCAACCCUGUUCUUUUACCCAAGAAGACUGACAAGGCCUCCAAAGAGCCCAAGUCACCUUCCAAAGCUACCAAGUCCCCCAAGAAGGCCUAAUUUCUGACACCCAUUGUAGCUUGUUCUGAUGUAUGUAGUCUGGUUUUAGGAUUAAAUGUCCAUCUUAUCUUUAUUUGUAGGAAUUAAAUGUGAACUUACUGAAAAUACUUUUUGAACUUUUGGAUCUAUUUUGGGGAUUACUGUCAAAGGCAAUCUAUGAAACAGCUUGUUUUUUGUUCA